AUGUGCAAAGAAAUGGAUGCACUCAUGAGAAAUCAGACAUGUGAUUUGGUGCAACUUCCGUCUGACAGAAAGGCAUUAAGAAAUAAAUGGCUGUGGCGGGCAGUUUACUACCAGCCUGCCUGGCGUCGAACUUCACAACCCACUUUCACAUUUCUCAUCACAAACGCGACCGACAGUUCAUUCGGAGACGGGCUCGCCUUCUUCGUAGCUGCGGCGGGUGCACGCCUUAAUCUCAACAGCACCGGCGGCUGGCUUGGCCUCACCGACUGUGCCACCGACGCCAACUCCUCUAACCAAAUCGUGGUCGUGGAAUUCGACACGUGGCAAAACGAGUGGGAUCCGCCCUCAGACCACAUCGGCAUCGACGUCAACUCCGUCAGGUCCGUGGUCAACAAAACGUUGCCCGACCAGUCGGCGCUGAGAAGAGGAAGCAAGAGCGAGACGUGGGUGGAAUACCAGGGCAUGCGCCUCUCGGUUUUCCUUUCGUCCAACGGCCUGCGAGGGGCAACGCCGGACAUGUAUUACAACAUAGAUCUCCGGCAGUAUUUUCCCGAGUGGGUAACGGUGGGCUUCGCGGCCUCCACGGGUGAUUCCACGGAGCUUCACAGUUUGCUCUCUUGGGAGUUCAGCAUUUCUGACCCGCCUCCCGCCAAAAAAUUGACACAUAGAAGGGCGAUCUUUGCCGCGGCUAUAAUCAUUCCGGUCUUGACUAUUGUAGUUUUGUGCGCGGUUUUGUAUAGAAGAUGGUAUUAUAGCCAGUUGCAGGUUGAUUUGGAUAUUGAUGUAGAGAUACACAGGUGGCUGGUUUAUGGACCGCGGCGGUUUCGACACAAGGAGCUUUGUUUGGCCACUCGGGGAUUCGCGGAGAAACUGGGGCAUGGCGGUUUCGGAGGGGUGUACUACGGGACCUUGCCGGGACUAAUGUUGCGGUGGCCGUCAAGCGUGUCGCCCGAGGUUCCCAACAGGUUUCCUCCAACUGGCAAGAAGGAAUAUAUAUCAGAGAUUAGUAUCAUCAGUCAAUUGCGGCACCAAAACUUGGUCCGGCUUCUCGGGUGGUGUCACGAAGGGUUGGAGCUGUUAUUAGUAUACGAACACAUGCCAAACAGGAGCCUUGAUCAACACUUGUAUGGAGAAAUCCUUUUGCAAUGGGCCUUACGUUACAAAAUUGCAUGCGGCCUUGCAUGCGCUUUGUUUUACUUACACGAGGAGUGGCAACAGCGCAUACUGCACCGAGACGUGAAGGCCAGCAAUGUAAUGUUGGAUGCACAGUUUAAUGCAAAGCUCGGGGACUUCAGGUUCGCCCGUCUAGUGGAGCAUGGGGGACCGGGAAGCACCUCAACUGUUAUUGCUGGCACAAUGGGAUACCUUGCUCCAGAGUGUCUCAUGACUGGAAGGGCCAGUGCAGAAUCAGAUGUUUUCAGUUUUGGGGCAGUGGCCUUCGAGAUUGUUUGUGGCCGGCGGCCUGUAUUUGUUGAUAAUGAAAAUGAAAGAAUUCGUUUGGUGGAGUGGGUUUGGAAUCUGUAUGGAAAGGGAAGAUUAAUGGAUGGAUGGGAGAUUUUUUGA